CAACGCCAACGCAAUUAGUAUAAUCACAGAAGCUGAAGCACAAUGGUUGGCAGCCACUUAACGCUAGUGCUACUGUGCAUCCUUGGGAUCGCCAGCGCCAGGAUCGAGGAUGUGAAACAGCUUAGGGAUGUAAAUGUGGAGGAGAUUAACACUGACAGCUAUCAACGCAUGAUGAAAAUGCGUCACUUGGCCAUCGAAUUUUUCGAUUACUACGAGAAUAUCACAGCGACCGAUUUGAUAGUGCCCGGAACAAGGUUGCCCAACCUUCAGGAUCUGCAAUGUCUGGCCGAAGUGGCACAACUCACACAGGCCCUGCAAUCGGGCAGCCUUUGGGCAUUGCGAAUGAUUGAUUCCUGGGGCCGAUUGCCAGCUGGUUUGCUGUAUGGCAACAUGAGGGAUUUGGGCAACUUUGAUGAGUGCAUUCGGGUGAAUCAAGAGAUUGCAUUGACGGGACAAACGAUACGCGGCAAAUACUGCUUCGCCAAUCUUGUGUCGGUGAGCUUGCUCAGAGUCAGGACUGCCGUCUGCUUUCCCUCUGCCUGCACUGCGGAUCAUAUGGACACAUUGCUGCGUCAGUUGUAUCAGCGACUGUUGAACAUUGAACUCAAUGCGAACUCAAGGUUGGUGGACGAAGGCACUUGCCAGACGUCCGAGAAGGAGCCCCUAGAUGGUCUGGCCAUAUUCACGGUCACGCUGAUUGGUGUCUUGCUUGGCAUAUUGCUGCUUUGCACACUUUACGAUUACUUUUUGUGCGAGGAUCAAAAGAAUAUGCCCGUCAUAGUUAAGAUCUUUUCGGCACGCGUCAAUUCGCGCGAACUCUUUCGCAUUGUGGACAGCAAAACGAAUCCAAACGUUAUCGACUGCCUUCACGGAAUACGCUGUAUGUCGCUUAUUUGGGUUGUCUUUGGCCAUGACUAUGCCUUGGUAGCUGUGGGACCCAAUAUUAAUAUCGUUGACUUGUUGCCAUGGAUGAAAUCGGCCUUCAGCAUGUUCAUUAUCCACGGUCUCUUCUCGGUGGAUACUUUCUUCUUUUUGAGUGGUUUGCUCGUUGUCUUGGUUGCCAUGCGCGCCGUGGAAAAAUCGAAAGGCAGAAUUAAUGUGCCGCUUAUGUAUCUGCAUCGCUAUUUGCGUCUCACACCCAUGGUGGGAUUGGCCAUAUGCGCAUAUAUGUCCAUACUUCCCAUUCUGGGCACUGGUCCGCUCUUCAAGUCCUUCGCCGCCAGCAACUCGAACUCUUGCCAGGAGACCUGGUUCUGGACGCUGCUCUACUUGCAAAACUAUGUGGUGCCGGAGAAAUUGUGCUUGGAGCACAGUUGGUAUCUGAGCGUGGACAUGCAGAUGUAUCUGUUUGCUCCCUUCCUGAUUAUGGCGCUCUACAAGUGGGGUAAGAAAGCUGUCGCUGUGAUUGUGGUGCUCACGUUGCUGCUCGCUGGCUGUCUCUUCAGCAUGAUGGUGAUCAAGGGAUACUCCAUCAACUCGGGUAAUCACAUGGAUAAGAUUUACUUUGCCACUCACACGCGUGCCUCGCCAUGGGCAAUUGGUCUGCUCUUUGGUUACUUUUUGCACGUGAAUCGUGGAAAAUCCUUCAAGCUGAAUCAUUUGACUGUCUGGGCUGGUUGGAUCUCUUGCUUGGCUCUCAUCUUUGCCAGCCUCUUUGGCCUGUAUCCAUAUUCCGCCAAUGGUUAUUCGCUGCCCAUACUCAAUGAAGCCUUCUACGUGACGCUGACUCGCAUCGCGUGGCCACUCGCUUUGGUCUGGGUUGUGUUUGCCUGCAAAUAUGGCUACGGUGGAUUGGCCAACAGUUUCCUCUCCUCUCCGCUGUGGCAACCGCUGUCGAAGCUCUCGUAUAGCGCCUACAUUUGGCACAUCUUGAUUGAGCAGUUCAACACUCACACAACCAGAACGAACACCUAUUUCAGUGAUUAUCAAGUGAUGCUGCGCUUCUGGUCGGACUUUGGCUUCUCCGUGCUGUUGGCUUAUGGCAUGUACAUCUUGGUUGAGGCUCCGACGGGCGGAUUGCAGACGUGGCUCUUGCCCAGUGGCAAAAGCAAAGCGAAACCCAAAACUUUAGCCAACGAAGAAGCUUCUGCCCCAGAGCUUGAGCCGAAAGCUGUGACUGUGACCUAGAUUUAGAAUAUAGUAUAGAAAAUAUUUAGUUAAUAAGAUGGAAGUUUUUUUUUUAGAAUAAAAUACUGCUUACGAACAAA